AUGAAAAAAGGAUACAAAGUAACCGAUGUGCGCCGAGAGAAAAAAAUCGGUAUUGCCGCUGAAAGUCUACAGGAAUUGAUAGAGAAAUCAUGCAAAAAGUUUGGUUUCAAUGUCAGCUGCGCGGAAUGUCGGCUGUACGUGGCCGAAGACGGGACUUUGGUAGACGACGACGAGUAUCUCAAAACCUUACCACCACAAACUCUUUUCAUUUUAUUACAAAAAUCAGAAAAAAUGGUAACUGACUUUGAUUACUACUAUAAUAUGAUCAGAUCUACCAAGAAGGAUUAUAUUGACACUGGAAGGGCAGCAAAAGAAUUUCUCGACACCAAUUUACGGGAUAAGUUUAAGUUGUUCCAAAGGUACAUUAAUGCAGCAGAUAAUGCUAAGACAUUACUUAGUGAGCGUAGUCAGGAUCCUGAUUGGUUUGCAGGACUUGAGCCAUCUGAAAAAACGAAAGAACAAUCUAUGUCAAAAAGAAUAAAAGAAAGAAUGCGGGGAUACUACUACAAAACGAAAACAGCAUUGCAAUCUUCAGAACUGUAUGUGCAUUCAAAAAAUGGCGGCAGUAAGAAAUACAUAGAUCAAUUUCUCGUCGAUUUACGCAAGCUCCUUGAAGGUAGCAAGUAUAAUGAAGGAUAUUUUAACAGAAAGUAUGAAAAGGAACAAAGAAUGUGUGAUGAGACUGGUCUGUUUGAAUGUGGUGGUUUGUGGAAUAACAAUAGGUGUGUAUAUGAAAAUGAACAUAUCAUAAACCCAUAUAGGAGUCGUGAAGAAAGAAUCCUGUUUCAAACAUGGAAUUUGGAUCACAGAAUUGAAUUAUCCAGGUCCAUCAUACCCACAAUUUUGCAAGCACUAAACAAUAUUUACAUUGGCAAACUAUAUUGCACAGAUUGUAGGAGUAACACAAAUUAUGGCAACAUUGAAACGGAACGGUAUUAUCUACAGAUAUUUACGCGAGAAAACUUAAAGUUAGUACACAUUGUGUGCCAUUAUAAGGGAAAACACGAUGCAGCGUCUGAUUUGUACACGAUUUGCCAAAAGUGUCUUGUUAAGAAUCGCACAAAAUUUGGGCCAAAUAUUGCUAGACCGCAUGGUGGCCGAUUGAUAAGCAGCUACACAAGAUCCUCCUUAUCCUGGUAG